GACAAAGAUGGCAUGUUCUCGGUCCGCUUAACGCCCAUCAUUGAUCAUUCUGCGCCCAACACUGGCUUAUACUUUUCUCCGAUCAUACGCCGCAUAGAGCCGAAACAGGAUAUCUCGAUCGGAAGAUACACUGAAAAACACAAGAGUGCUGCGCAUGCUCCACAAGGGUCCUCCUCUCGAAUUGUUUUCAAAUCUAAGGUUGUGUCCAGAACUCACGCUUUGUUCCAGUGCAACGAAGAGGGUCUGUGGUUCUUGAAAGACUGCAAAUCAUCGUCUGGAACCUUCCUCAACAAUAUCAGAUUGUCCCUGGCCUCGCAAGAGCUGACGCUAUGGCCACUUAUGGACGGUGAUGUCGUACAGUUGGGUCUAGACUAUAGAGGAGGUACAGAGGAAGUAUACCGCUCUGUACGAAUGAGAUGCGAGUUCAACCGCAGCUGGCAGAGAAAAGUGAACAGGUUCAAUCUAGAUAUCCACAAGAAGAUGAAGAAUCUUGGGAUUGAUGCAACAAAUGAAAAUGGAGAGGUGUUUUCUGAGUGCGCCAUAUGCUUGUUGAAGUUAGAGCCUUGUCAAGCCGUGUUUAUCAGUCCUUGUUCCCACUCAUGGCACUAUAAAUGCAUCCGUCCUAUCAUCAUAAAGCGCUACCCUCAGUUCUAUUGCCCCAACUGCCGCUCAAUAUGCGAUCUCGAGACCGAUAUCGAGGAUGAA